AUGAAUCGGUACACAACACUAAAACAGCUUGGAGAUGGCACGUAUGGAAAUGUGCUGAUGGGGAAAAGCAAUGAAUCUGGAGAAUAUGUAGCCAUCAAAAAGAUGAAAAGGAAAUUCUAUUCUUGGGACGAAUGUAUGAAUUUAAGAGAAGUGAAGUCCCUGAAAAAACUUAAUCAUGUCAAUGUGGUCAAGUUAAAGGAGGUAAUCAGAGAGAAUGACCAACUUUAUUUCGUAUUUGAAUACAUGAAGGAAAAUCUUUAUCAGCUAAUGAAAGACAGAAAUAAAUUGUUUCCUGAGUCAGUCAUCAGAAACAUAAUGUAUCAGAUUUUACAAGGAUUAGCCUUUGUCCAUAAGCACGGGUUUUUUCAUCGGGAUAUGAAGCCUGAAAAUCUUUUAUGUAUGGGCCCCGAGCUUGUGAAAAUAGCUGACUUUGGGUUAGUGCGAGAACUGCGAUCUCAGCCGCCCUAUACAGACUAUGUGUCUACCCGAUGGUACAGGGCUCCAGAAGUGUUGCUGAGAUCUUUAACAUAUAGCUCUCCCAUAGACCUAUGGGCAGUUGGGAGCAUUAUGGCUGAAUUAUAUACCCUUAGACCCCUCUUUCCUGGAACAAGUGAGGUUGACGAGAUCUUUAAAAUCUGCCAAGUUUUGGGUACACCAAAAAAAAGUGACUGGCCUGAAGGAUAUCAGCUUGCAUCAGCUAUGAAUUUCCGCUUUCCACAGUGUGUCCCUAUAAACCUGAAAACUCUGAUACCCAAUGCCAGUGAAGAGGCAUUAACACUAAUGAGAGACAUGCUGCAGUGGGACCCCAAGAAGCGCCCCACAGCCAGUCAGGCUUUAAGGUACCCGUAUUUUCUAGUUGGACAAGCACUGGGCCCUCCAACACAAGCUGUAGAACAGAAAAAGGCUGUAAAUAAGCCAGCACAAUCCAUUGAGCCACAGCCGUUCUCUGAGAUAAAAAAGCAAUCUUCCUCUCCUCCUGAUGCACCAGAGAAAACAUCAAAUGACUCACCUGCUCCACACAGGCCCCUCCAGCAAAUACAGCUUCCACAAAGCACAGCCGACAACCAGCUGCCUUCCAAACAUCCUCAGGUGACUCUUCCCAACAUCAGGAAAACCAUAUCGCCGAAACCAGGAGUCAGUGGACCACAGAACAGUUCUGUUAACGUAAAGCAUGGAAGGCGACGAUGGGGGCAGUCAGUUCUGAAGGAUAGCUGGGAUGAGUUUGACACAGAAUUUGGUAUUUCUUUUUCAAAGAAGCCAAGCAUGACAAAUGUUAAAGAGAACAAAAAUGAUGAUUUGGACUUUACAGACUCUACUGAUUUAAAUAAAAGUACAGCAAGAACAGACUCUGGAAAGGUAUUGUCCGCCAAACAGCAUUACCUCAGACAGGCAAGAUACCUACCAGGUAUGAAUCCCAAAAAUGUGACACUGAUAUCUACUAAUAAGGAAGCUAACCAUUCCACUUGGGGCAGCACUAAACCUCUUGCUCCAAUUAAUGGCGGAGUUGCAUUAAACAGAAACAAUGCAGGUACACUUGCAGGAUUUGCUGGUCCUACAUACAACACCACAGGAGGAUACAUUCCUUCUUUUCACAAGAAGGAGGUUGGGUCAGCAGGGCAGAGGAUACAGCUUGCAGCAAUUGCACCAACUACAAAUUUUGACAUGUGGAAAACAAAAGCUGUGCGGCCUCAGCUAGCAGGCCCUCCCUUCAAGCCGGCAAAUAAAAAUCUUGCUGUGCUAAACCGACCUCAUCCACUUCAGCCAGUGCAUGGAAGGACAGACUGGAUUGCCAAGUAUGGUGGUCAUCGUUGA